UCUUUAAAUAUAAACCGAAAAAUAUUGGUCAACACUAACUCAUUCAGUGUGGCACCAAAAGCAAAAGCAACCAUGAUUCAAUUCAGAAAUGGGUUGCUUCUACUUCUUCUUCUUCUAUUGGGUUUAGUAGUAGCAAUCUCAGCCACAAACUCCUCAACAAUUGUCACUUCUCUACCUGGUUACACCGGUGACCUUCCAUUCACCCUUGAAACUGGAUACAUUGGUGUAGGCGAUAAUGAGACCGUACAAACAUUUUACUACUUCAUUGAGUCCCAAAGGAGCCCUACACGAGACCCUCUGAUGUUAUGGAUGACCGGAGGCCCUGGUUGCUCUAGUAUCGCUGGUUUUAUGUUUGAAAGUGGUCCAAUAACCUUCACACUUGGAGAUUACAAUGGGAGCCUACCAACACUUAAAGAUAACCCAUGGGCAUGGACGCAGAGUCUCAAUAUUAUAUAUAUGGAUGGACCAGUUGGUGCUGGAUUCUCUUAUUCAGAAAGCUUAGAUGCCUAUUAUUCGGAUGAUUACGAAUUUGCGGCACAAACUCAUGAGUUUCUAAGAAAGUGGUUGGAAUUGCACCCUCAAUUUUUGGAAAAUCAAAUCUAUAUUGGUGGUGACUCGUAUUCUGGCAUACCUAUUCCAAUAAUUAUGCAAAAUAUAGUGAUAGCUAACGAAGCUGGAAACUUGCCACUAAUAAAUAUCAGAGGAUAUGUGCUUGGGAACCCAGUGACAGAUGGAUACACUGACGUGAAUGCAAGAAUCACUUAUGCUCAUCGUCUGUCACUCAUAUCAGAUGCACUCUAUGAGUCAGCCAAAAAUAGUUGCGACAGCAAUUAUGUAAAUAUAGAUCCUAUCAAUUAUCAGUGCGUAUCAGAUGUUGCUGCUAUCGACGCGCUGACAAGUGACAUAAAUUUGGUACAAAUUUUGGAACCAUCUUGUAGCAAUGCAGUCCCAGAACCAAAUGAAGAUGUAGAGUCGGUUCGAAGAUUUCUCACAAAAGUUUCUAGUCCUACAACAGUUUCUAGUCCUACUGCUACACAUUGGUGUCGUAGCUAUAAUCAUAUGCUCUGCUACGUCUGGGCGAAUGAGAAAAGUGUCCAAGAGGCUCUUGGUAUUCGACCGGGGACGAAACACUUUUGGCAAUACUGUAAUACCACCUUAGCUUACACCAAGUCUGUCACUAACGUUGUUAGCUAUCAUCGAAAUCUCACCAAUGCCGACAUGCGACUUCUGGUAUACAGUGGUGAUCACGACAUGUCAAUUCCACACAUUGGCACGCAACAAUGGAUAUCGUCUCUUGGUUUGACUACAGAUGAGAGCUGGAGAGUAUGGUCUGUUAAUGGUCAAACUGCAGGGUACACAAAGAAGUUGAUCGACUCAACUUUCACUUUGAAUUACGUGACUGUAAAGGGAGCAGGCCACUUUGCUGCAGAAUACAUGGUUAAGGAGUGUGCUGCCAUGAUAGAUAGGUGGCUGGCCUAUUUCCCUAUUUAAGUGUGACUGGUUGAAAUUGAUUUGGUAAUUUGAUAAUGUGGAAGCAUGUUUUCUCACAAUGAAAUUUUGUUGAACUUCAAAAGUUAGUGCAGAAUAAAGAAACUUAGAAAAGUCUUUCUCUCAAA